GAACGAUGCUUAUUCUGUACAUAACGUCACUUAGUUCUGUGCAGAUGAUUCAAAAGAAAAGAACAUAUAAAAUGAAGGGGAUUGUGAUUCUGUGUAUUAUAAGCUAUCUUGUACCGAACGCUUGGAGUGAAUGUAUUUUAGAAAUUCCAGGCAAUAAAGAAUAUGCUCCGUCAUGGGAAAAGAAAAUUGGUGAUGAGUGGUUUAAAAUUCCUUUUAUAACCAAUCGAUUAAAAGUGCAAGACGGCGAAACAAUUAACGGAUACUGUGCCUCCGGUUUUGCAGAUAUCGAAUUUAGUGUGGAAGUCGAAAGAGAUUGCGGCUACUACGACCAUGAGUGUAAACACAAUCCGAUGCAAACGGAAUGGAAACAAAUAGAGGUAGCUGACAGAAACAUAGCGAUUGAAUGUUCUGGCGAUUCGCUGAAGUGUGGGUCGAGUGUAUUAACGGAUGUAUCCACUAUAGAGUGCAAUAAGGUUACGUGGGCCGUAAAAUCGGCUCAAAGUAAUGAAACGAAAACUUCUUGGUGCAAGAACGAACUUCACACAUUUAAGUUGUCCACUAACAACUUGCAUCGAGACCGCAUUUUGGCCCACAUUUGCUACGAUUUGCGAGAGUUUUCAUUACAGGCCGUUAAGUAUAAUACAACUAAACGCAACGCUAAAGCUUGGAGUGCGAAUGAAAUGUUACCGGUUGCUCUAAAUGACUUACCAGAAGCGACCAUACUGUCAAGCGAAGUGAAAUUUUUAAAUACAACAGUUCUUCAUAUAGAAAAUGAUGUCUUACAACGUCAUCUUGAAACAUUGAGUAAAAAAAAUGCUUGGUUGAAGUUGACUCGCUAUGAAUACGCGAACAUCAUCCAAAGCGGACCGUUCCUGAACUAUUUCAAUCAAUAUCAUCAACUGCUAGACAUUUUGUGGUGGAAUAAUCUACGCGUAGCAAAUUGGCGCCACUUCAUGAAUGCUUUAGAGCAACACACAACAAUAUACAGUUAUAUUAUAUAUACUGGUACACUGGAUGUGGUACAAAUACCGGUCUGGUCGAAUCCAAGCGAAUUCGAAUAUUUGGAAGUUCAGAACGGUUACGUGAACAGUACAAUGCCUCAGUACAUAUGGAUGUAUUUAGAAUCAAGCGACGGCAAAAACCCCGAUUUAUAUGUCUUCGGUUAUAAUUCGCCUUACGCCGAGUUUUUCCCUAUAAACAAAGUGAAAUUCUGCACGGAUAUAUGCGGCGAUUUCGAUUGGUUGAAAAAUGCCCGUUCCUCAUUUCAUUACAAUAAUUUUGGCAUUGUGUUCUGCUGUUCACCUGAAUCAGUAAAAAUUUCUGCAUAUGGGACAAAAUUACCCCACAAAUUGUCAACUCCUCCCCUGGAAAUUGCACACAUUCCGGAUAAUAUUUCUCCAGAACAAGAACAAGAAGAAGAGUUAUCCAAAUUAGAAGAAAUGGAGGGAAGCACCGAAAACCCAGAAGUUGCAGAAAAUUCAGAAAAACAAAAAAAACCCUAUACCAUUGAAACGCAUAUUUAUGCUGAUUCGGUCGAAAAUCGUUCGGUUGAUUAAUAUAUGAAAAACUGU